CACCCUUCGUAGGCUUCAGCUUCAGCGUUCAUCCUUUUUAAUUUUGUGAAAUGGUUAAUAAGUGCUGUGUCCGAGGCUGCCAGUCCAGAGCUGGUCAAAAUAUCAAAUUUCACAGGUAUUUUAUUCAGUUUCUCAUAAUGGACGAUAAUAAGCAAAUGAGAACAUUUUAAUAAGUGUUAGUAUUUUUAUUUUUUAUUAUUAUUAAUACUUAAUAAUUUUUAAUAGUUAAUUAUAUUUUCUAGAUUUCCUAAAGGAGACAUUGGUAAUCAGUGGGUUACAUUUCUUAAGCAGCACAAUCCAUCAUUCGAAAAACACGUUAGUUCAAAUGUGUGUGGCCUCCAUUUUGAUUGCAAUUUGGAUUAUGAGAUUUCAAGUACCAGUGUUUUUAAUACAAAGACUUUGAAAAAAAAUGCUGUCCCUAGUGUAAUUAAUAAUACAAGUAAAAUUAAAUAUUAAUGUAACUUCUUUUUUGCAUUAUAAUAAUUAUUAAAAAUAAAUUAUUUAUUUUUAGCUACUCGUAAAACAUUAUCUAAUGAUUCAAAUAUUGUGUUUGAUGAGGAAGAAAUUAUUCCAUUGUCAUUAGUAUCCAAUUUGUAUUCUAAACCGUUAGAGACUCCUAUGUCAAGUAUGUUAAACAAAUUUAUCCUAUUCUUAAAAUAUGAAUAUGUACUAUGAUUAUGCAUAAUGUUUCAGCUCCUUCAAUUUCAGAUAUGACAUCACAAAAUGCAAAUGUUGCUUCAUCUCAAUCUGUAUCGCCAAGUACAAACAUUGUUGAAGAACAAUGUUCACCAGUGCCACAAAUUACAAAUAAAAAAUUGUAAGUUAAUAAUAUUAGAUAUAAAUAAAAUAUAUUAUAUUUAUAAGUAUUAAUUGGAAAUAUUUAUAGUUAUGGGAAAAGAAAACGUUUUUUGGGAGAUUUUAAAUCUCCUAAUGAUCUUAUAAACCCAAACAACCGUUUGAUAUACUGGUAUGCUUCACAAACAGCUGUAACUAAACAAAAAAAACGAGUUAAGUAUUUACAAAACCAAGCGCUAAAUUUGAAAAAACAAAUCAAUGCAUUAGAGAAAAAAGCAGAUCAUCUUAAAACCAAGAAUAAACUUAUCAUGGAUGUUCUGAGGGUAAAAUAAUUAGUUACACAGUACUUUUAUGCAUUUUGUUAUUUAUAACAUAUAAUUAACAAUAAUUUAUUUAUUAUGUGUACUUAUGCAUUUGGAUUUUGUUUAUCGUUUAGGGUUCAUUAUCAAAUAAUGAAGAUGAUAUGAUUUGGAAUCAAUGAAGUAAAUUUACGGGUAAAGCAGUUACUCCAGAAUUCAACAAAUGAUUGCCUUAUCCAAGUCCUAUCAGCAAAUUUUACUACAUUGUCCAUCAAUAAUUUGCCAGAAUAAUAGCUUUAUAAACUUAUCAUUGUUAUCGCCAUAAUUCCCAAAAGAAUAGUGGACCAAAUCAAGACUUAAGCAUAGACCUUAUGCCAAAGUAUAAGAUCUAUAGGACCAAAAUGUCAAUUCUUGUCACUAGUUAGCAAUCUAAUAUAUCAUAUUUUUGAACUUUAAUAUAACAAAACUGUAAUUUUGAUCUAAAGUCAUGGUUUUAACCAGUUCUCUAGGAGUCUAGUCAAAGUCAUAAAGAACUCAUUUUGACUAGGGGGAAAAAGUAGUAUAAUUUUAUGAGCCAAAAUUUCUAAUUUUUGUUAUUAUGCUUUGCAAAAGAUUAUGGUACAGUAAAUACUGUAAUAACAGAACAUAUUUAAAAUAUAAUUAACUGCCCCUAAGAAACGACUGGGGAAAAUACAAAAACUGGUAGGCUGAGGACUGGCUCAAGAAGAUGCUAAACAUAGAAAGAUUCGUUUUUCUCCAUAGGACAAUGGCAUCACUUGUGGUGAGCCUGCAAGUCGAUGAACUCUAGCCUGCUCUAAAAGACUGGAACUUGAAAUUGAUCUGGAAAUUUGUGUAAUUAAAUAUAUAAAUUAAUUAUUUUAAGACAAGUAAAAAAUGUAUUGGUGUUG